AUGAUUUUUCACUACUUAGAUUACAUUUGCCCAUUUUUGCUGCUCAUCAUCUUUCCCACUAUUUGCGCUUCUAUUCAUACGCCACCCAGAUCUCCCUCACCUGUCUCGCUCGAACCAUUGUUCAACCAUGAAUAUUGGAAUCCUUUCGAAGAGCCAACUGAUGUACAGCAUGCCCUUUCACAACAUAUUCCUUCACAAGACUCUAGCCUACAACAUGUUCGCUCAGGCUCAGUAGAAGCUGGACACGCAAAUGUAGUGAACGAUAAAUUGUCAAAUGUACCUCCAAAUACUAUGGCGGGGAAAAUGAUGAUGCCAAGACUGAAGAACACCUUGUCAACCGUAAAUAAGCCGCGAAAAAAGGGUAGGGUUGCUUACUUGACAGUUGAGCAAAAGAAGGCCAAUGCACUAGAACGUUCAAGACGAUGGAAAAAGGAAAGGCUACAGAAAGAUCCGGAUUAUUUAAACAGACAAGCAAGAGAACAAAGACAAAAUAGACGCUUAUCACUUGGGCUUCCAGUAAGGAAAGUUGGUAGACCUCCCAAAAUGCAGUAUACACAAGAAACAUCCAAUGUUUGAUCGGAAAUGUUUGCUCCGACUACUCUCUCGUGAAAUCCUUUAUCUGAUGGAGUCGAUUGAAAAGCAGUGUAUUUGACAAUAAUACAAGUGUUUCUCGUCCGCUGUGUUGUGUAUUGGCGGGG